ACAAUGGAAAGCUCCUAUCUCUUACCAUUUUUCCAGUAGAGGGGGUGCAAAAACCUUGCAAAUGAAACAGUUAUUAACUGAAAUAAUAAGAAAAUUAAUAAACAUCGAUCUAAAACCUCUGACAGUAAUAUGUGAUCAGAAUAAUAUUAGUGUCAUCAAUAGUCUAAUGAAUGACACCAAAGAGAAAUAUUUGAGAUGUGGUAACAUAUCCACAUAUCGAGAAGGUUCUUUCGAAAUUGAUGAAUUCAAAGUCUAUCCUAUUCUGGAUCCUCCUCAUUUGUUGAAAGGAAUGAAAAAUAAUUUUAUCAAAAAGGAUUCACAUUAUUCAAAAAAUAAUGUCAGGAAAACAGCAAAAUGGGAGCGUGUACGAAAGCUUUAUGAAAAUGAUAACGGACCAAUUGACGGUUUAAAAGUUGUGCCACAUAUUACUGAUGAACACAUCUAUGAGAAUAAAAUUAGAAAAAUGAAAGUGAAGAAUGCAGCUCACAUUUUCAGCCAGAGGUUUGCAUCAACUCUUCAGUUGGCAAAUCAGAUUAAUUCUGCAAACAAAAUCGGAACCCAUGUGGAGCAUACAUCUGAGUUACUGUUUUUUUUCGAUCGUUUAUUUGACUCUUUGAAUGGUUUAAAAAAAAAAUCCAGAGAAGGGAAAAAUAUUACGGUGUGGUUUAAGUGACACCUCUGAUCACCUUCGUUUUUGGAAUGAAGAAGCCCUGUUACUGCUGGAUGGAAUGGAGUUUCAGAGAAUAAAGAAAAAUGAUCAAAGAAGGCCUCCCAGCCUGAAGAAUUGGUCAUUCGUCAUAAAAAAUGUGAAGAAUAUUUGGCAGGUUCUGAAGUCCAAUGGUUUUGAUUAUUUGUUAACAAGACGGCUGAACCAGGAUCCGCUUGAAAAUAUGUUUGGUCAAUUGAGAAGCUUUGGAGCCUUAUACACCAAUCCUUCAGCUUCCCAAUUCACAAGCAUUUAUAAAACUGUGCUUUUUAAUACAGCCCUCUCAUUUUACAGAAAUUCAUUCAAUUGUGAAGAUGACAAAUGUGAAAUCUUGUUUAAUUCUUUGAAGGGACUGUUUUGUGAACGUAACGCUGACAGUAAUGUUACUGAAGCUAUACAAUAUGCAGAUAUAACAUAUAAUCAGAGUAGCACUCUAUCUGGAAAAUUGAAUGAGUUGUCCACUAGUUAUGUAGCUGGCUUCAUUUUGAAAAUAAUCAGGAAAAGUAUAAUAUGUUCAAAUUGCAAAAACACAAUGUUUUCAACCAAUUAUGAAUCUGAUGCA